AUGGCGCAUUCCGCCAGCGAACAUGACGAUAAAGAGAAUAAAAUCUUAUUAUCGUCACAGAAGCUUUCCUCAUCAGACAGAGACCUUGAGCCGGGCCUACUGGCCCCUGACAAUGCUCAUCUUGUUACCUGGUCAGGCCCCAACGAUCUAUCCAACCCUCUCAACUGGAGUCGUGCGAAAAAAUGGACGGCAACUUUUCUUGUGUCAUGCUUUACAUUCAUAUCCCCAGUGUCCUCUACGAUGGUCGCGCCUGCGCUAGACUCCAUGGCCUUCGAUCUCAAGGUGACGUCGGAAACGGAGCAGUACUUGAUGAUGUCGAUAUUCCUUCUCGCCUACGCUCUUGGCCCUUUUAUCAUUGCUCCUCUCUCUGAAAUGUAUGGGCGCGUGGUGAUAUUGCAGUCCGCGAACAUGUUCUAUCUUGUCUUCAAUAUUGUUUGUGGAUUUGCCACGUCCCCGGGACAGAUGUUUGCUUUUCGAUUCCUCAGUGGCUUCGGGGGCAGUGCGCCGCAGGCGAUUGGAGGUGGCGUUUUAAGUGACUGCUGGCGAAAGGAAGAACGAGGAGCAGCAACCGCACUCUAUAGUCUGAUGCCAUUUUUAGGGCCGGCAAUAGGUCCAAUCGCUGGCGGGUAUCUGACGCAGUAUAUGUCAUGGCGAUGGAUCUUUUGGAUUGUCUCUAUUGCAGACGCCGUGGUCCAGGUUCUGGCCUUUUGCUUUUUGAGUGAGACCUACGCACCGACGAUCUUGGCGACGAAGAGAAGAAAGCUACAGAAAGAAACCGGAAAUGAUAAGCUUCACACCGAAUACGACAGCCCCGAUCGCACAUUUGGCCAGGAGCUGCGGAAGAAUCUGGUUCGGCCACUCAGGAUGCUUUUCACACAGCCGGCAAUCCAGGCUCUUGCAUUAUAUCGAGGCUACCAGUAUGGACUCAUGUAUCUUGUGUUGGCAUCUUUUCCCAUGGUGUGGGAGGUGGUAUACCGAGAAGACACCGGCACGGCCAGUUUAAACUACCUCUCUCUUGGGAUUGGGUUUGUGCUAGGGUUGCAAUUCUGCGGUCGUGUCCUUGACAUGAUAUAUAUGCGUCUUAAAAGGCACUACAAACACGAUGGUCGACCCGAAUUUCGCGUUCCCCUGAUGGUGCCCGGUGGUUUAUUGGUCCCAUUAGGCCUCUUCAUCUACGGCUGGACGGCUCAGAAUAAGACCCAUUGGAUUGUGCCCAAUGUUGGUGCCGCAAUAUUUGCUUUUGGGUUAAUCAUAUCUUUCCAGUGUGCGCAGACAUAUGUCGUAGAUGCCUACUCACGAUACGCAGCAAGCGCGACGGGUGCAGCGGCAUUUGUGCGGACCAUAGCUGGAUUUGCUUUCCCCCUCUUUGCAGACAGUCUAUAUAAGAGUUUGGGACUGGGAUGGGGUAAUAGCUUGUUAGGAUUUGUCAGCCUAGGCCUAGGAAUCAUGGCUCCGGUGCUCUUGUGGUUUUAUGGCGAGUGGCUAAGAGCCAAGAGCACAUACUGUGCGGGCUAG